AUGGGUCGUGUCCCCCAAGGUGGCCGUAACUGGGAGGGUUUCGGUGCAGAUCCUUUCCUAACUGGCGAAUCCGCAUACGAGACAAUUUUAGGCCUACAAAAUGGCGGAGUACAAGCCACUGCCGAGCACUUCAUCAACUAUGAGCAGGAACACUUCCCCACAUUAGAAUCUUCAAAUGUUGAUGAUCAGACUCAGCAUGAGAUUUACGCACACCCAUUCCUGCGCAGCGUUAUGGCCGUGGGUAGCGUUGGCACAUGA